GACAGCUGAGGGGACACACCAGUCUGUGACAGGACAUAACAUUCCCCCUGAAAACACUCAGCCUGCACCACUGUCUUCUGCCAAUUCUUCUUCUUCUUGCUUUCGUCUCUGUCUCAAGACUCCCUGUGUCUCCCACUGGAUUUGUCUUCUUCCUUGGUGUGCCGGGGACUGAACCAUGGAGUUGUCGGAUAUCUCUUUCCCCAUCCCCGCGGCUGAUGAUUUCUAUGAUGACCCCUGCUUCAACACCAGCGACAUGCACUUCUUCGAGGACCUGGACCCGCGGCUGGUCCAUGUGGGCCUGCUGAAGCCGGACGACUCCUCCUCUUUAUCCUCAUCCUCCCCUUCCUCCUCCUCCUCCUCGCCGUCCUCCCUCCUGCACAUCCACCACCACGCCGAGGGGGAGGACGACGAGCACGUCCGCGCCCCCAGCGGGCACCACCAGGCGGGCCGCUGCCUGCUCUGGGCCUGCAAGGCCUGCAAGCGGAAGACCACCAACGCGGACCGGCGGAAGGCGGCCACGAUGCGGGAGCGCCGGCGGCUCAGCAAGGUCAACGACGCCUUCGAGAACUUGAAGCGCUGCACCUCGGCCAACCCCAACCAGCGGCUGCCCAAGGUGGAGAUCCUGCGCAACGCCAUCAGCUACAUCGAGUCCCUGCAGGCGCUGCUGCGCGGCGGCCAGGACGACGGUUUCUACCCGGUGCUGGAGCACUACAGCGGGGACUCAGACGCCUCCAGCCCCCGCUCCAACUGCUCCGACGGCAUGACGGAUUUUAACGGGCCGACCUGUCAGUCCAACAGGAGAGGAACUUAUGACAGCAGCACUUAUUUCUCCCAGACUGCAAACGGUGGUCAGAAGAGUGACCGCAGAUCGGUGGUCUCCAGUCUCGACUGUCUCUCCAGCAUUGUGGAGCGAAUCUCCACUGACAACAGCAGCUUGAUGCCGGCUGCGGAGGGGCCUGGGUCCCCGCCAAGCGACCAGACGGGGGAGACAGCAGCACCCGGACCCCCUCGGGUCCCCUCUCCGACUGCCAGCCAGGACCCCAACCUGAUCUACCAAGUCCUAUAGACCCUCAAACCUGGGACAAUUCACAUCCUCUCACACAGUCCACUCCUACAAAUCAGAUCUUUACACACACACACACACACACACACACACACACACACACACACACACACACACAAACACAAACAAACACACACACACUGAAAGUGAUGUUAUAGCGACUGAACUGAUUCUUAACACCCUGUUUGCAUCACAUGUUAAGAUUUUAUAGUUUUCUCAACAUCCCUCCACAUCUGCUUUUAUUUCCUUAAGUCAAAAUAUGGAAGCUCAUUCUUGUCAAAAAAAAGGAAAAGAUGAGUGUGAAGGUUUAUUAGUAGUUUAUCAUUUAAAAAGUGAAAAAAGUAAUCUUUAGCCACUUCUCAUUCUCAAUCAACAAACAGAGUUUAAUAUUUUAUAGAUCUCAUUUAUAGAUUUAAUAUACACUGAGCAUGCUCCAUGCAUUGAUGAAGAUCAUGAGACAUAAUAAGCUCUUAAGACAGGGCUUACAGAGCAAACAAGUUUAUUCUUAAAUCUUGAUUCAAUAGCUGUAAAAUAAGGAAUGAUAAAAAUAACAGCUCCAUAUUUAAGUAUCAAAUAAUAAUUGCAAUUAUAUUGUAAAUAUUAAUUACAAGAGAGACCGUCUCAAUUGUUUUGUCAUGUCAACUUAUAAGAUAGUGGAUUUUCUUCAAAAUACAAUAAGUGACAGAAAUGCAAAAAUGUGAGUGGAGAUGCAUAGCCAGUUGUUAUGUUGACUCCAUAUAAAAUGUGCAUUGUUUUUUGUGGCAGCAAUGACUUUCCAUAGUUGAGCAUAUUUGUCCCACAGAUUCCCCUUCCUGGUAAUAUAAGUGGACUAGACUGGAGCUCAAACCACUUGAAUGCUGGAAAAUGUAGUUUUUGCAAACAUUUCUUGAUUGAUUAUUGUUGUAUUUUUUUAUUUUAAGUUAUGAAAACACUAUUUUAAGGCUCAGCUGGGUCAUUCAGAUAGAUUUUUCUUCCUUUCUGUGUGUAGUCUAUUUGAUGGACGGAGGCCAAAAACCAUCCAUUUACAUUCCUCCACAUUCGUCCAUCUGAAGUUCUAACUGCACCAGCUGUUCAAUUCCCUCAGGAAAAAAAGAACUACAAUUAUUAUAUGAUUUAUUUAAAAGAUACCAGAUAAUACAAUAGAUAUCUGUAGUAAAACUUUAAUACUUAAUAAAAAAUACUACUACAGACACUUAAAGCCCUCAGAUUAGACGAAUAAAGUAUUAGAGGAGUAAACGUAGUGUUAAAUGGAUUUCGUUUAUCAUUUUCAUUCACUGCAGCGGAGGACCAUUUUUCUGUUUCUGUACAUAUUAUGUAAAUAAGAGCUGAUUUGUUCCAACUGAAAGUAUUAAUUAUGUAUUUAAUGUUUCUGUCUGUAUGUGCUUCUGUUUGUUGUGAAAAUGUUUAAACUUUAUAUUUAUACAUCUGAAAACUGAGUGACAGUCUAAUGACAAAUAAAUGAACCUGCUUAUUUAUACAAAAA